AGAGCUGCACUUCAGCCAAAAAUAUCUGCUCAGCGCCUGCCAAAGUGCUUUUAGCUGUGUCCUUAUUAUCCAGCUUUUCAACCUCUACAUCAGUGACAUCAUCUUGUGAUGUGCAGACUUUCAAUGCUGAGGUGUGCUUCAAUGACUUAACAGAUGAAAGAAACCAUAGCGCGAUAGUCAGCACCAUGUGGACACUUCCCAACAACCACAGGUGUUUGUUGAAAAACUGGAAGCUAUUGUUUAAAAAAACAGAUACAAAAUUAACAGAUGAAUCUGGGGAGAGAGUAACAGGUUUGGAGAGUGAUUGGAGCAGUUAACACCUUCACACAUCUGCAGCAGCAAUGUAUUCAUGCAUAUCUAAGACAGAUUAUCUGUUCUGUUGGAGUUCCAAAGCCUCAAAUUAGAGGAACACAUUUCUAAACUGCAGACGGUCUCUUAUACCUUAAUGGAUCACAUAAAUUGCACUGACGUGCCGUUUCUGUCAUUGGGAUUGUUUUGUUUGAUCUGAAUCACCAGCUGCACAUGGUUAUGAACAUGUCAAAGCAAUCUCUUGGAAUUUAUGACUUUUCAUGAAAGAAGAAUCUGACUCUCUAUGCAGUACAAUAUGUUUAGUUCCCCUUGUUUAAUUAUUAUUCACCCACAGCAAUUUUCUGUGAACAUAUAGUAGAUCAUUAAAAACCCUUCUAGGGCGUUAAAAGACAACACUUGAAAUAUCAUUACGUUCCUUGACAGCGGAUGGACACCCCAGUGGAAAUGUCCCAAUGCACUUGGACCAUGGCCUAUGCAAAAGUACCAUUUUGCUACACUUUUUUGGGGGGGGGACUUCUGUAAGGAAUCCAAUUUAAGGUACAAACUGAACUGAGGGUUCUGGAUGCCAUGUGGCCAACCAUAAAACCACUUUUAUAUACCCAGGAAUCUUGAACAAAUGGUUCCCCUAAAAGACAACAUGAAUCCAGAGUCUUUUGCUGAGAACUGUACCAACUGCAGCCAUGCUCUAGUUCCAGAGUUGAAUGUCAUGAAGGCUGUCGUUUUGGGCAUGGUGUUGGCGGUCUUCAUUGUUUUUGGAGUUCUAGGCAACAUCCUGGUUAUCCUCUCCGUGGCUUGCCACCGUAAUCUACGAACAGUUACCCAUUACUUCAUCGUCAACUUGGCGGUAGCGGAUCUUCUGCUAAGUUCAACAGUUCUUCCAUUCUCUGCCAUCUUUGAGAUGCUGGGUCGUUGGGUCUUUGGGCGGCCCUUUUGUGACGUUUGGGCGGCGAUGGAUGUUUUAUGCUGCACAGCAUCCAUCAUGAGUUUGUGUGUGAUAUCGGUUGACCGGUACAUUGGCGUCAGCUAUCCGCUGCAGUACCCUUCCAUUGUAACAGAGCGACGGGCAUUGCUAGCACUUGUUGUGUUAUGGGCUUUGUCCAUCACCAUUUCAAUUGGGCCUCUCUUUGGCUGGAAGGAACCGGCGCCCGAGGACGAAUCCAUUUGCAAGAUAACCGAGGAACCAGGCUAUGCCAUCUUCUCCGCCUUGGGAUCCUUCUACCUCCCCCUGGCGGUUAUCCUGUCCAUGUACUGCCGUGUAUAUGUGGUCGCAAAGAGGGAGACACGUGGACUAAUUAGCGGACAGAAGACAGAAAAAUCUGACCACGCCUCUGAGGGUGUAACCUUGAGGAUACACCGUGGCAACACAACAGUAUCCGAGGAUGAGGCGUUGCGAAACCGGACACACUUUGCACUGCGUCUGCUCAAGUUCUCCCGUGAAAAAAAGGCUGCUAAGACUUUGGGAAUCGUAGUUGGGUGCUUCAUCCUUUGUUGGCUUCCAUUUUUCCUGGUUCUUCCUAUUGGUUCAAUCUUCCCGACAUAUAGGCCUUCGGACACUGUCUUCAAGAUAACGUUCUGGCUCGGCUACUUCAACAGUUGCAUCAACCCCAUCAUCUACCCCUGCUCCAGUCACGAGUUUAAGAAAGCUUUCCUGAGUGUGUUGGGUGCACACUGCCUCCGCAAGAGAUCCACACCUACCCAUCCGCUAUACCAAGGUCACAGUCCACGCCACGCUCAGUCGCAGCUCCUCGCCCUUGGCCUGACCAGCCGUGAAAACGCUUCUCGCCUGAGCCCCUCAUCUUCCAUCGCGCUAUCCCGCAGCCCUUCCUCCAGGGACGGCCAUGAGUGGCAGGCCCCUUCCCGAGCUUCCUCGGUGGGAACGACAGGGGUCGGCGCCGGUGUGAGCGUGGGAGCGAAAGUGGCAGGAAUGUGUGGUAAGAACCUGAUGAGGACUUGUUGCUGCAUGAGAACGGAAUUGCCGCAGCCCGAGCCACCCACACAAAACUCGCUUCCUGUCAUCAAAAUCCAUCAGCUCUCGCUGUGUGAGGACGGGGAUGCGGUGUGAAUGAGCGCGCUGGGGAAAUCACUCUGAAGAGACUCACACUGUGUGUGCUGCCGUUUUGCCACUUCAAGGAGUCGCAGAUUUGAAGGCACAAACCGAUUAACAAAAUCAAGCCGCUUCAGACUGGAACAAUCUGUGAGAAGAAUAUUGGAAACUGCUGCAACACUGUCAACUGUGUUGAUGCUGAUUAAUGGGAAUUCUGUCAAAAUUUUCCCAACCUUCAUGUCUUUACAAACCUUUGUAUACAAUUACGAUUCAUAGACCAUGGGCUGUCAAGCUCCAAAAACAACAAUAUCUUUCUUCUGAAGUAUGAAUGCUGAUGUAACUUUUUCUGUGUUAAAAUACUUUCAUCUAUCCCAGCUUUAUGUACAGAGACAACUAUAAGGAAGCCAUUCAUAGGUUAAUUUUCUGAGUUUCACUGUUUGUUUUGAGCGACCAGCCUAGACCCGCCCCAACAACAUUACUCAACCAAUGGCGUGAGCCAGGGGGUAUCUCUUUGUCUGAUCAACGGCAGGAGGGUGUGUAUUCAGAAAGCUGUUUUGAAAACAACGUUUAUGUUUGCAAUUCCGUUUAGUGGCGCUAGUGUCAGAAAUUACAUGCUUCAGCUUUAAGCCAUACAAAACUUUUUAAGAGGAACACUUUGAAAUGUCGUUCAUUACAUUCAUUAGUUCAUAUAAAUUUUGGUCUGUUCUAAGGAUGUCCCGAUACCAUUUUUUUGAGAACAAGUAAAAAUACCCAUAUUUUUUUCUGAACUCCAUAUCAACAGAUUAUUUCAAUUUUAUCAUCAAAAUGAAUUAAUCAAAACUUUAAUCAACUGAAAAUAUAACAAUUAAUUUUCAACAUAAUAUUGUAUUAUUUUUUCUCAGAUGAAGUGCUUAUAUACAGAAUCUUACAGCACAAUCCAUAAUACAAUAUUGGAGUUAUAUUUUGUCAAAUUAAGUGCUGCAUAUCAGAGCAUCACAGAUGUGAUUGCUUAAAUAUAAUACGGUUACCAGUGAUUUAUUAUUAUUAUUAGUAGUAGUAGUAGUAAUACAGUGAAUAUUUCAUAACUUUACAAUAGUGAUAUAUUUCUGUCAUACUAUUUUUUUAAAUUGAGCUUUUAUUUUGACUGAACUUUUAUUUUGAAGUGUUUCUGUGUGAUGAUGGUUGCGUUUCAGUCUGAAAAAUUCGGUCGCAAUGUGACUCAAAGUGAUUAUUAAACUGCAAAAGCCUGCUAUUUAAUUAUAUAUGUACUCUGUAUGUGCCUAGCGCUGCAAAGUGAAUUUGCACCCUGUUCUCAGUCAUCUGCAACAAACAGAAUGCUCGAAGCUCAUGACGGUGUUUUCCCAGUAUGAGCCAAGGAGGAUCUUUAAAAGGUACAUGAAAUAGAAUUUGUGUUUACGUAAUGACAUUCAUUCCUCAGAUGCUAUCUGUUUUUGGUAUACCAGUAUCGCUAUCGGGACAUCCCUAGUCUGUUCCCAACACAAUGUUAUCGUAUAGCUUCAGAAGACUUAGAAACUUGCUUAACGGCCGUGCUCACUUUGACUACAUGAGAGUGAGUAAAUAAUGACAGAAUUUUCAUUUUUGGGUGAACUAUUUUUUAAAAGGUUGUGUUUACAAAUUGCAAGUGGACAACAUUGUGCAUGAAUAAAAGAGAAUAAGGGUGAUUCUCAUGAAACAUGUCAGGAAAAUGUCCUGGACCUAUUUUACGAAAUCAAAAGAAACAAAUAAGACAUUAUAUGUUGCAUAAAGAAAAUUAAGCCUGUUUUUAGGGCCAUUAAGUUGUGACAUUAUUUUCACGCACAUUUUUCCCACAAAUUUUCAUUACAGCAAUGCGAUAAAAGAUGGACAUUAUGAUAUUCUAAUUAAUGCAAUGUGGAAAAAAUAUUAUUAUUAUUAUUUAUAUGGUGAAGUAUUUAUGCAUCAUAGUAGUACUCCCUUGGCACUGUCUUUCAUUUUGAAAGAUUUCAAUUUAAAAAAUCAUUGUACAUCAGCAGUGCUACUUUGUAACGGUAAUGAGAAUUGUUAUUAAAAAAGAUGGGAAUAGAAAAAGUAUAUUUUUAAGGACGUGUUACAGUAAUGAGAGUUGGGGAGUAAAGUGUGCUUAAGUAUUGAGUAAUGAAUGUCACAAUGUAAAAAAAUAUAAUAGUCCUUAAUGUAGGCUUCAUUUUCUUUAUGCAAAAUAUAAUUUAUUUAUAUGUGAUAUGUGAAAUGAGGAUCACCCAUAAAUAUCUGCAAUUAUUUUUAUUGAUGGGAAUUUCAUUGAAGCCUUCCCAUUUGAGAGAGAGAAAGAGAGAGAAAAAAACAGAGACGACUGAUUAGUGUUUCUAAAAAUGAAAAAUUAUACAGUAUUUUUUGACUGUUCUCUGUUGCACUAAAGUAUAUUGUCAUGGGUUGUUUGUGUUGAAUAUGAAUCAAAAAUAUUUUCUAUUACAGAAAACCCAAGUUGUUUAACCAAAACGAUCAAAAGCCUUCUGAAAUGGGAAAAAUUCACAGCAAAACACCAAAAAUAUUUCCACAUGAACUUCAGAUACGGAGACAAUGUUAAAGCAAAAUCAUGGAUUUCACCGUGGGACCAACAUUCUCAACUCCCAAAACAAAUGUCUUUAUUAUACAAAUGUUUGACCUUGACCUUGACCAUAGCAAACAAUAUGUGAUGAUAACCUCAAAGUGACCAACUUCCUUUUAUUAUUUUGCUUAAAUGUCUUAUAGCAAGUGGCACUUCUGUUGUUGUGGUAAAUGUUUCUCAAAUGAAAGAAAAUCAGCUCAA